AUGGGUUUGGAAAUCCCCGCUGGUACCCCAGACCGUGGGAAAGCACUAGAGGCCUUUUUGAUUGUUCUGUUGGUUGCGACGACGAUAACGAGUGCUAUUCGAAUCGCAUCAAAAAUCAUCACAAAACAAAAAUGGUGGUGGGAUGAUUAUCUUGCACUGGCAUCAUGGGUAAGUUCAAGUUACUCUCUCAUUCUCACCAUGGUAGAGUACCAAAAGGACUUAAGGACAUCAGAACUAACAUACUAUCAUCAACCCUUGAAGCCAUCCGCAAUCAUCGUCUUAGGGUUAUUAAUUACCUGGAUCCGUCUUGGGUUAGGACUUCAUGAAGACUUUGUUGGAGCUCAAAACGAAAAAGACCUCUUCCAAGGCGCCAAACUUUUCGAAAUCUCGAUAAUUUUCUUCGACAUUUGUAUAUGUCUUCCAAAAUUAUCCGUCCUCUUCUUCUAUGCCCGCGUCUUCAACAUCAGCAACCGAUCUUUCCGCUAUCAGUUAUGGGUCCUCGGUGCUCUGGUUGUUGGUUGGCUUAUCUCCGCUUGCUUCGUCGCCAUUUUCCAAUGUGAUCCCAUUGCGAAAGUUUGGGAUCCUGAAAUCCCAGGGACAUGUAUUAACCAAUUCGGUUGGUAUACCGCUGAGUCGGCCACGGAUUUCGCAAUCGAUAUCUGGAUCCUGGCUAUUCCCAUUCCCCACAUCUGGUCCCUCAAUACCAGUCUACGCCGACGAAUCUACUUGCUGGUUACCUUCUGCCUGUCCUAUAUCGUUAUUAUCAUUGCCAUCGGCCGAUUAAUAGCCACGACACAGAUUAUUCCAUCGGUUAAAAAGGACGAGACGUGGCGUAUGACACCCUAUAUGUACUGGGCCGGACUCGAGGGUUCCUUAUCCAUCAUCUGCAUCUCAGUUCCCAACGCUAUCUCGCUUGCCAAGGCGCUUUGGAGCCGUGGAAAGAGCCACAGGGAAAGCAACAAGUCAGCGAUGUUUGAGAGGAACUCGAGUGAAAAUUACACUUCCACUCAGGAGGGUGAGACGAAUCUGAGUGAGAGUGAUAAGCAGAAACUCGUUAAUGAGGCGGAUCGAGAUGUUGAAAUUGCAUUGGGAAAUAUUCGCGUGAUGACGGAUAUUAGGGUUCAAUAA